AUGAUUGAGCGUUUUCUAAAAGUUCGCGAGCCUCUAACUGCAACUAUAGGAAUUCUGCAGAUUCCUGUAGAACUGUUGACGGAAUCCGAAUGGGUCGCUUUAAAAGAAAUGUGUUGCGUUUUAAAGCCGUUUGAACAGCUCACUACAGAGAUGAGUGCAGAACAAAAUGUAACCUUAUCGAAGGUAAUUGUCAUUGUAAAGGGCCUGCUUUCAGCUGUCCAUAAAAUUGAACAGAGUACAACAAGUGACAAAAUUAAGAAUCUUAUCUAUCAUUACGAAAAAGAGAUAGGGACAAGAUUCGGUUCUGCUGAAUCAAACACUUUAAUGGCAAGAUGUGCUUUUUUGGAUCCAAGGUUCAAAACCAAAGUGUUUGAUUCAGACUAUAACUCCAAUAGUACCAAAGAGCAUAUUCAACAUGAGGUAGCUAAACUAAUCAUUUCGGAACGACGGUCGGAAGAUAUUAUUCAUGACCAUGACAAUGACGAAGUGAAUACCGGAGAAGAAACGGCCGCAUAUGACGAUCAAAAUUUAGUUUGGGAAGACUUUGAUAAGGCCGUAGAGACACCAAAAGACAUCGACUCAAAAGCAGCAGCAAUCAUCGAAGUAAGGGCAUAUUUAGCCGAAAGUCUAAUUCCUAGAAAAGAAAACCCUCUGGAAUGGUGGAAAACCAGAGCUUUCUUAUAUCCGCAUUUAGCGCAAUUGGCCAAAAAAUAUUUAUGCAUAAUGUCAACAUCAGUACCAUCAGAGAGGGUAUUUUCAACGGCUGGUCAAUUAAUUUCUGACAGAAGAAAUCGAUUGACCGGAGAAAAUGUGGAAAUGAUAAUGUUUCUACAUGAAAAUGAAAAUCUUUGA